AUGGCUGGUGCAGCAGCAUUUGUUGAAGCUGAUAAUGCAGAGGAAAUAAUGGCAAGGAUCGAAACCAAAUCGCAGAAGAUUGAAAGCUUACUCAAACACUACAAACAUGUCGAAGCUCUUAAAACGGCUCUUGAUGGUUCGCCACCUAAAACUCUCGACGAACGUUGCAAGUCAGCUAAUUGGAUAGUUGUGCACAGAGCUAUCAUGGCGAUAAAGGAUAUCGAAGGAAUGUUAAAUUCUCUUACUGCCGAGUAUUACGACAUUCUCAUGAAGUACUUGUACAGAGGUCUUUCGACUGGUGACGAACCCACAUGCGAACAGUGUUUGAUGAUUCACGAGAAACUAACAGAGAGAGCUGGUCUCGGUUGCAUUCUCCGUUGUCUGAGUGAUACUACCAAUACCGUUUAA